UAAAUACACAAUCAUCCUUUGAAGCUAUUGAUUCUAUAUCUCAAGAGAGCUAUACAGUAAGAACAAUCAAUUCUACUUCACUUUACCACGAAUCUAUAAUGGCAAAACGCCAUAAAAAAAAAAUUGCAGUAGGCCAUUUUUCCUGUAGUGUGUCUCUCCUAAAGGGCGUCUUGUUUUGUUUUGAUGCAAUCAUUCUCAGAAUCAGACAACCAGCAUCUCUCCCACCUCUCUCCCUCUCUCUUAGCAAUUCUGUGACUCUCUCACUCUAUAUUAAGAAACACAGUCACUGAAGCCUCUUCAUACCCAUCUUGCACUUUGUUUGGGGGAGGGAAGAGAUGGAGAAGAAAAUUUUGAUGAAAUUUCUUAUGCUACUCUCAGCGGUUCUGGGUUUCUUCCACGUGUCCACGGCAUCAAUGGAGGAGAAGAACGAUGUACAGAAACGAACAUACAUAGUACACAUGGCAAAAUCCCAAAUGCCGGCGAGUUUCGCCGAACACACUCACUGGUAUGACUCGUCUCUCAAAUCAGUCUCCGACUCAGCCGAAAUGCUCUACACAUACAACACCGUGGUCCAUGGAUUUUCAACCAGAUUGACUGUUGAAGAAUCCCAAUCACUCGAAUCCCAACCCGGUAUUCUCUCUGUGUUUCCCGAGACCAAGUACGACCUUCACACGACUAGAACUCCUCGGUUUCUGGGCCUCGACAAAACUCCAAAUUUGUUUCCCGUGUCAGAGUCACUGACUGAAAUUAUUGUUGGAGUGUUAGACACUGGUGUUUGGCCGGAGAUAAAGAGCUUCGACGAUACUGGAUUCGGUCCCGUUCCUAGUAAAUGGAAAGGGACUUGCGAGUCCGGUACAAAUUUCACUGCAUCCAACUGUAAUCGGAAGCUAAUCGGCGCGAGGUUUUUCUCCAAAGGCUACGAAGCCGCGGUGGGUCCGAUUGAUAUAUCACAUGAAUCAAAAUCGCCGAGGGACGACAAUGGCCACGGGACCCACACCUCCAGCACAGCCGCUGGCUCCGUCGUCGUUGGCGCCAGCCUCUUCGGCUACGCUUCCGGCUCUGCUCGAGGAAUGGCCUCGAGGGCGAGGCUGGCUAUGUACAAAGUGUGCUGGAGCUUCGGAUGCUUCGCUUCAGACAUACUAGCCGCCAUGGAUAAAGCCGUCGAGGAUAACGUCAACGUUCUCUCUUUGUCGCUCGGCGGCCAAUUUAACGAUUAUUUCAGAGACGCCAUCGCAAUCGGAGCUUUCGCCGCCAUGGAAAAGGGCAUUCUGGUCUCUUGCUCAGCCGGUAACAGCGGGCCGACUCACUACAGUGUCGGAAACCUUGCUCCAUGGAUCACCACAGUCGGUGCCGGAACUUUGGACCGUGAUUUUCCGGCGUACGUUAGCCUCGGCAAUGGUUUGAAUUACUCCGGCGUGUCGCUUUACAAGGGAGCUUCGUUGCCGAAAAUGAUGCUACCAUUUGUUUACGCUGGUAAUGCGAGUAAUGAUACGUUUGGGAAUCUUUGUCUGACAGGUACUAUGAUUCCCGAGAAAAUCAGUGGGAAAAUUGUGUUGUGUGACCGUGGAGGAAAUGCUAGGGUAGAGAAAGGGGCUGUGGUGAAAGCGGCUGGAGGGGCCGGCAUGGUUUUGGCAAACAUAGCUGCGCAUGGCGAGGAGGUGUUGGCGGACGCCCAUCUACUACCUGCUACAGCGGUCGGUCAGAAAGCUGGUGACAAAAUAAAGAAAUACUUGUUUUCAGAUCCUAAUCCGAUGGCCACGAUUCUUUUUGAGGGUACGAAGGUGGGGAUUGAACCGUCCCCGGUGGUGGCAGCGUUCAGCUCUAGAGGACCGAAUUCUCUCACACCGGAGAUACUCAAGCCCGAUCUAAUCGCACCAGGUGUCAACAUAAUAGCGGGUUGGACCGGUUCACAGGGACCCACUGGAUUACCCAUUGACACGAGGCGCGUGGAGUUUAACAUUAUUUCUGGCACAUCCAUGUCUUGCCCGCACGUGAGUGGCCUUGCGGCGAUGCUCAUGGCGGCCAAACCUGAGUGGAGCAUCGCUGCUAUCCGCUCCGCUUUCAUGACCACCGCCUACACCACAUAUAAAAACGGCCACUCAAUCCUCGACGUUUCCACCGGAAAGCCAUCUACUCCGUUUGAUCACGGCGCUGGACACGUGGACCCUGUAGCGGCCCUUAAUCCCGGACUCGUCUAUGAUUUGGACGUCAACGAUUACUUGGGCUUCCUUUGCGCCUUAAAUUACACCAAGCAGCAGAUUAACAUACUUGCCAGGAAGAAUUUCACAUGUGACCCAACAAACAAAUACAGUCUAACUGAUUUCAACUACCCUUCUUUCUCUGUACCUCUCCUAGGCACGCAAGUUGGCCGCCGCAGUGGCAGAACUAUGGUGGUGAAGUAUUCGAGAACGCUCACCAACGUUGGCUCACCGGCAACUUACAAUGUGUCGGUUAGUUUAAAAAGCAAAUCCGUUAUGGUUUCGGUUGAUCCAGUGUCGCUGAGUUUCUCCCAAUUGAAUGAGAAGAAAACUUAUACGGUGACGUUUACAGCGGGUCCGAGGCCAACGAAUACAUUUAGCUCUGGACGAAUCAUCUGGUCCGACGGAGAGCAUGUUGUUAAAAGUCCGAUUGCGAUUAGCUGGAAAUAAGUGAACUGGAAAUGGAAAUAAAAAAUUAUAGCUUGCUUGGUUUUAUUUUUCUAAAAA